AAAAUAAACCAUUCGAACCAUUCCGAAAACCUUUUUGAAAGUGAACAAAUUUUGUGACCAACUAAAACUAUGAAUCGCAAGUUGAAGCCUUCCUUAAAAGGGUGGAGAACGUGUAAAACAUAUCGGUGAAGUGAUUGUAGUGAAAAUAUUGUAUAUAUAAAUAUCAUGAAUCAAUUAAAAAGACAACCAGCAGAAGUGAAGUUACCAGUACCAUGGGGUCAUGUAGCAGCAAAAAUAUAUGGCCCUUUGCAAGAAUCUAAAAUUCUGGUGGUACAUGGUUAUUUAGACAAUGCUGGAUCAUUUAAUAGAUUACUUGAAUUUCUCCCAGAACAUUAUAAUUAUGUAUGCAUAGAUUUACCAGGACAUGGAUUGUCAUCACCAUUUCCUUCCGGUGUACCAUUAAAAUUUUUUGAUUAUGUAUACUCUAUAUUGUUAGUUCUGGAUGCUUUAAAAUGGCAAACUUGUAUUUACAUGGGGCAUAGCUUUGGUGCUCAGAUAGGAACAUAUUUCAGUAUUUUAUAUCCAGGAAGGCUUGAAAAAAUUAUAGCCAUAGAUGGAAUUAUGCCUUUCCCAAUCAAGAACCUUGUUUCUUACACUCAGCAACUAUAUGAUUUGGAUUCUUAUAAUAACACUUCAGAGAAACUCUAUACCAAAGAUGAAAUAAUGCAUGCUUUGAAGUUCAGAAGACAAGAAGUAUUAAACACAGAUGCUGCUGAAGCUAUGUUUGAACGUGCAGUGACAAAAAUUGACAAUUUGUACAAGUACAAUCGUGAUCCUAGAUUAAGAUUCUUUUUAAAACCACUUUUCACUAUAGAACAAAGUAAAGAAUUCUUGAUGAAAUUCUUAACCCCAAUUUUGAUCAUUCUGGCAGACAAUUCUACCAAAAUAAAAUCAUAUUCUUAUCUGGUGAAGGAAAUAGAAACAUCUGUCAAUGAUAAGAGUAUAUUUCUGACAGUUGUUGUAAGAGGAAACCAUGAUGUACAUAACAAUUACCCAGAAAGGGUAGCACCACAUAUAUGUCACUUUUUAGGUAACACCAGAAAAAGUAAAUUAUAA